CGCGCGGGUCCGCUCCCGCUCGCUCCCCGCCUUCCUCGCGCCCGCCCUCGCGCCCGCAGGCGGCGCGGGCCUGGACCGCGAGGGGGCGAGACCGGAAGCGUGAGCAGAGGGGUAUGGACGAUGGCUUCCUCAUGGAGGUGUGCGUGGACUCGGUGGAAUCCGCCGUCAACGCAGAGCGCGGAGGUGCGGGCCGGAUCGAGCUGUGCGCGGGCCUCGUAGAAGGAGGGACCACCCCGAGCAUGGGACUUCUGCAGGUGGUGAAGCAGUGUGUGCGGGUUCCCGUGUUCGUGAUGAUCCGGCCUCGCGGUGGAGAUUUCCUCUACUCGGACCGGGAGGUGGAAGUCAUGAAAGCCGAUAUUCGUCUUGCCAAGCUGCAUGGGGCCGAUGGGCUGGUGUUCGGGGCCCUUACUGAAGACGGGCGCAUUGACACAGAGCUCUGCACAGCGUUGCUGGCGGUGUGCCGUCCCCUGCCAGUUACAUUUCAUCGAGCCUUCGACAUGGUGCAUGACCCCGUGGUGGCACUGGAGACUCUGAUUUCACUGGGGUUUGAGCGGGUGUUGACAAGUGGCUGUGACAGCUCAGCGCUGGAAGGAUUAUCCUUAAUUAAGAGACUAGCGGAACAGGCGAAAGGCAGAAUUGUGGUGGUACCAGGGGGUGGCAUCACAGAGCGCAACCUGCAAAGGAUUCUGGAAGGCUCCACUGCUUCAGAGUUUCACUGCUCUGCUCGCUCAGCCCGGGACUCAGGGAUGAAGUUCAGAAACCCGAACGUGACUAUGGGAGCGUCCUUCUCUGCUCCUGAAUACUCCAUAAAGGUGGCAGAUGUGGCCAAAGUGAGGACCCUGAAUGCGAUCGCAAAGAACAUCCUGUAGCAGAAGGCGCUGUCGAAGGACAAGAGCACUGAGACUCCAGGGUCUUCCCUGCCACAUGGACAGAUGGGUACUGCUUUCGUCCUCAGGCUGCAGAGAAUGUGAGCUGGGUGAUGAAGCCUGCUGUCUCUUCCCUUGGCUGCCCCUGAAUGACCAGUCCCUGGCCUGGAAACUCACAUUGGCCGUUUUAAAUAAAAGGACUCAUUCCCAGAUGUUGCAGCAACAAGCUGUUCAGCAGGUUUUGGGAGGAAAGGAGCAAACAGGGGGACUGAAUUGUGUAGCACUGCAUGUGAUUGUCAAAUAAACACUGCAGCUGCCCCUC